AUGGAUCCGUCUUUCCUUGAAAUCACUGAAGGGAGCUUACUGACGUGUGUUCGUGAAAUCGGCAACCACCUUUACUUCGAACCUGCAGUUCUCGAUGAUAUUGAAGAAACUAUCCGGUCCAAUUGGCAUUACUACGAUACCAACUUUAGUGGAGGCUUGUCGUGCGGAGAGUUUGAGGGUAUAUUGUAUACAACUGCCGCGGCCUUCACACGGACCAUUUACUCUGUGCUUCGAGCCGACCCUGAAAACGGAAUGUCCUACUCAGAUUUCAGUGCUUCCGUAAAUCUGAUCGGAGACGAAAUUGAAGAAACGACUGGCCGCGGGGUCACAGUCGAUGAACUAGUUGAUGCCUCCUUCGACGACGGGAGCGACACCAAGGAAGAUUUGAUCAAGUUCGUCGACAUCGGCAUUGACGACGAUUCAGUCAACGUCGGAUCAGGCUGA